CAGUCUUCACUCUUCGCUUAGUUCUUCUCUUGCACCGUGGGACUCAGGAUCGUCAUGCUGUGAUGUGUGCCGAGGGAGAAAUUGGUAAGGUUUUCCUGACGUGUGGCAUUUCCAUUUCAAAGAUGAGAAAACUGGCCAGAUAAAUUAAGAGACUUGUACACAUUUGGCCCAAAUUGCUUCAAGUUGAUGGAAUGGCCUUGUAGAUGCUGUCCCUUGUUGCUUAAAUGAUCAGAUGAUCAGCCCAUGAGGCAGAAGAUCACCUACAUAACCUGGAUCUUACCGCAUUUUGGACAUGACUGAGCCCCUUCAAUGGGCCAGGUAUCACUGGCAGCGGCUGAUGGGCGGUACAAACAGGGACGAUGAUGAGAGGCCAUACAACUAUUCCUCUCUCCUUACCUGCGGGGCCAAGUCCUCUCAGACCCCCAAACUGGCAGGAAAGCAUCGGGUUGUUGUUCCCCACCUCCAGCCCUUCAAGGAAGAAUAUGACAAGUUCUCUGGAACCUACGUGAAUAACCGAAUACGAACAACAAAGUACACGCUUCUGAAUUUUGUGCCAAGGAAUUUAUUUGAACAAUUUCACAGAGCCGCCAAUUUAUAUUUCCUGUUUCUAGUCGUGCUGAACUGGGUGCCUUUGGUCGAAGCCUUCCAAAAGGAAAUUACGAUGCUGCCUCUCGUGGUGGUCCUUACAAUCAUUGCCAUUAAAGAUGGCUUGGAAGAUUACCGAAAAUACAAAAUUGACAAGCAGAUCAACAAUCUAGUAACUAAAGUUUACAGUAGGAAAGAGAAAAAAUAUAUUGACCGAUGCUGGAAAGAUGUUACUGUUGGGGACUUUAUUCGCCUUUCCUGUAACGAGGUCAUUCCUGCAGAUAUGGUCUUACUCUUUUCCACUGAUCCAGAUGGAAUCUGUCACAUUGAGACUUCUGGUCUUGAUGGAGAAAGCAAUUUAAAACAGAGGCAGGUGGUUCGGGGAUAUGGAGAGCAGGACUCUGAAGUUGAUCCUGAGAAAUUCUCCAGUAGGAUAGAAUGUGAAAGUCCAAACAAUGACCUGAACAGAUUCCGAGGCUUCCUAGAACAUCCCAAUAAAGAACGCGUGGGUCUCAGUAAAGAAAAUUUAUUACUGAGAGGAUGCACCAUUAGAAACACAGAGGCUGUUGUGGGCAUUGUAGUUUAUGCAGGCCAUGAAACCAAAGCAAUGCUGAACAACAGCGGUCCAAGGUAUAAGCGCAGCAAAUUAGAAAGAAGAGCAAAUACAGAUGUCCUCUGGUGUGUCCUGCUUUUGGCUGUAAUGUGUUUAACUGGUGCAUUGGGUCAUGGAAUCUGGUUGAGUAGAUACCAAAACAUACUAUUUUUUAAUAUCCCUGAGGCUGAUGGACAUGUCUUAUCACCAGUGGUGGCAGGAUUCUAUAUGUUCUGGACCAUGAUCAUUUUGUUACAGGUCUUGAUCCCCAUUUCUCUCUAUGUUUCCAUUGAAAUUGUGAAGCUUGGGCAAAUAUAUUUUAUUCAAAGUGAUGUGGAUUUCUACAACGAGAAAAUGGAUUCUACUGUUCAGUGCCGAGCCCUGAACAUCACUGAGGAUCUUGGACAGAUUCAGUACCUCUUUUCCGAUAAAACAGGAACCCUCACUGAGAAUAAGAUGGUUUUUCGAAGAUGUAGUGUGGCAGGAUUCGACUACUGCCAUGAAGAAAAUGCCAAGAGGUUAGAGUCGUAUCAGGAAGCUAUCUCUGAAGAUGAGGAGUUUGCAGACACCCCCAGUGACUCCCUCAGCAAUAUGGCAAAACUGAAGGCUCCCAGCUGCAGGACGGUUCAUAAUGGGCCUUUGGGAAGUAAACCCUCGAAUCAUCUUGCUGGGAGCUGCUCCGCUCUAGGAAGUGGAGAUGGAGCCAGUGAAGUGCUUCAUUCCAGACAGGCUGCUUUCAGUAGCCCCAUUGAAACAGAUGUGGUACCAGACACCAGGCUUUUGAACAAAUUUAGUCAGAUUACACCUCAGCUGUUUAACUCACCAGAUGAGACCAUCCCAAAUCCACCACUGGAGACUUUGUACAUCAUUGACUUCUUUAUCGCGUUGGCAAUUUGCAACACAGUCGUGGUUUCUGCUCCUAACCAACCACGACAGAAGAUCAGACUCUCUACAUUGAGUGGACUGCCCACGAAGUCUUUGGAAGAGAUUAAAAACCUCUUCCAGAGAUUGUCUGUCCGAAGAUCAAGUUCACCAUCCCUUGCCAGUGGGAAAGAACCAUCCUCUGGGGUCCCCAGCGCCUUUGUUAGCAGACUCUCUCUCUUCAGCCGAAUGAAACUGUCUUCAUCGGUGGAGGAAGCGUGCUCACAGACAGGCGAGAGCCCUCCGGGUUCUAGUAACUCUGCUUGCCCUACAGACACAGAGAAACAAAAUGGUGAUGCAGGCGUCACCAAGGCCAAGGUGGAUUCCCUCCCUGGACAGCCCUUGGCCUCGAACCUGUGUUAUGAGGCCGAAAGCCCGGAUGAAGCGGCCUUAGUGUAUGCUGCCAGGGCUUACCAAUGCACUUUACAAUCCCGGACACCAGAGCAGGUCGUGGUGGACUUUGCUGCUUUGGGACCCUUAACAUUUCAACUCCUACACAUCCUGCCCUUCGACUCAGUAAGAAAAAGAAUGUCCGUGGUGGUCCGGCACCCCCUUUCCAACCAAGUUGUGGUGUAUACGAAGGGCGCUGAUUCUGUGAUCAUGGAAUUGCUCUCCGUGGCUUCCCCAGAUGGAGCAAGUCUGGAAAAACAACAGAUGAUAAUAAGGGAGAAAACCCAGAAACACUUGGAUGACUAUGCCAAACGAGGCCUACGCACUUUAUGUAUAGCCAAGAAGGUCAUGAGUGACACUGAAUACGCAGAGUGGCUGAGGAAUCAUUUUUUAGCUGAAACCAGCAUUGACAACAGGGAAGAAUUACUACUUGAAUCUGCUAUGAGGUUGGAGAACAAACUAACUUUACUUGGUGCUACUGGCAUUGAAGACCGUCUGCAGGAGGGAGUCCCCGAAUCUAUAGAAGCCCUUCACAAAGCCGGCAUCAAGAUCUGGAUGCUGACAGGGGACAAGCAGGAGACAGCUGUCAACAUAGCUUAUGCGUGCAAACUACUUGAGCCAGAUGACAAGCUUUUUAUCCUCAAUACCCAAAGUAAAGAUGCCUGUGAGACGCGGAUGGGCACAAUUUUGAAAGAACUUCAGAAGAAGAAUCCCGCCUCGCCAGAGCAAGAAUCAUUAAAUGAGGCUUUAUCCCAGCCUCCUGCCCCUGAGGACGCAGGGCAGCGGGCUGGACUCGUUAUCACUGGAAAGACCCUGGAGUUUGCCCUGCAGGAGAGUCUGCAGAGGCAGUUCCUGGAGCUGACUGCUUGCUGUUAUGCUGUGGUCUGCUGCCGAGCCACACCCCUGCAGAAAAGCAAGGUGGUGAAACUGGUCCGCAACCAGCUCCGGGUGAUGACCCUGGCCAUUGGUGAUGGUGCCAAUGAUGUUAGCAUGAUACAAGUGGCAGACAUUGGGAUAGGGAUCUCAGGUCAAGAAGGCAUGCAGGCUGUCAUGGCCAGUGACUUCGCCGUCUCGCAGUUCAAACACCUCAGCAAGCUCCUCCUUGUCCACGGGCACUGGUGUUAUACACGGCUUUCCAACAUGAUUCUCUACUUUUUCUACAAGAACGUGGCCUAUGUGAACCUGCUUUUCUGGUACCAGUUCUUUUGUGGAUUUUCAGGAACAUCUAUGACUGACUAUUGGGUUUUGAUCUUCUUCAACCUCCUUUUCACAUCUGCCCCUCCCGUCAUUUAUGGUGUUUUGGAGAAAGAUGUGUCUGCAGAGACCCUCAUGCAACUGCCUGAACUUUACAAGAGUGGUCAGAAAUCAGAGGCCUACUUACCUCUCACCUUCUGGGUCACCUUGUUGGAUGCCUUUUAUCAAAGCCUGGCCUGCUUCUUUGUGCCUUACUAUACCUACCAGGGCUCAGACAUCGACAUCUUUACAUUUGGAAACCCCUUGAACACAGCUGCUCUCUUCAUCAUUCUCCUGCAUCUGGUAAUUGAAAGCAAGAGUUUGACUUGGAUCCACAUUCUGGUCAUCGUUGGUAGCAUCUUGUCUUAUGUUUUCUUCACCUUGGCGUUUGGAGCCAUGUGUGUGACUUGCAACCCGCCGUCCAACCCCUACUGGAUCAUGCAAGAGCACAUGCUGGAUCCGGUGUUCUACUUAGUUUGUGUCCUCACAACCUUCGUUGCUCUUCUGCCCAGGUUUAUGUACCGAGUUCUUCAGGGAUCCCUGUUUCCGUCUCCAAUUCUGAGGGCUAAGCACUUUGACAGGCUAACUUCAGAGGAGAGGAUUGAAGCCCUCAAGAAGUGGAGAGGAACUGGAAGGAUGGGUCAAGUGACAACUAAGUGUGCUGACCACUCAGCUGCCAAGUCAGCGAGAAGACCCAUGUCUGGCCCUUCUGAUGUCUUUGCAAUGAUGUCAGCAACUUCUUGUGCUGUUGAGCAGGGAAACUUAACUAUAUGUGAAACUGUGUUAGACUCAGACUACUCUGAAACUAAGACCUCAAAGUGUUAAAAGAGCAGGAUACCCUCUUUGCAGUUUUAAGUAUUCAAGUUAGGAAGAGAGACUUUGAAGAAGCACCUUUACCAAGUAAGAAUGACUUGAAUUUUUCCUUAAAGGACAUGAACAUUUUACUUGGCUUGGAAAAGUUAAUGAGAUAACUUUCAUUGUAUGUUUGUAGAUACAUUUGUAAAAGAAGAUAGAAUUUGACCUGGACAGAGUGUGGGGACGUGAAAUAUGUAAUUAAUCAAAUGCUUUUAUGAAACUUUUUGGAUUUUGUAAAAGCAUUUUAAUUGUCUUAGAUAUAUAAACAUUUUCAAGGGAAUUCAUUUGAGAUAUAUUUAUUGUACUGUGAGAUCUCAGAUUCCAGAGAAAUGCUUUAAGUGAGCAGACUUCAGUCUGAUUUUUUAUUUUUAUUAAGAAAAAAAACCCUAGUUUUAGAUUGAUCAGUUAGACUCUGAGAGAUUUCAACGUGGAAAAAAAAAUGUUACAAAUUGUUAAUUUCCAGAGAAAAAUAUCCCAAGAGCCUUGUACACAAGGUAACUAAAACAGGACAUAUAGUUAGUGAUUAAUAGCUUUUUUUUUUUAACCAAUUGAGCCACUCCACUCGGCCAGCCCAAUAGCUUUUCAUUUCCUAUGGAAGAUGCCUUUGGUCUUCUGACAGAAGAUGUUAGGCAUACCUCUCUGCUCAUUUCACUUGUUCUUCUGAGGUGGAGCCUUCAUUGGGAAGGGGCAGGGGAAUGUCAGGGUUCCCUCAGGUAAUGGGGAAGUGUUCCUUUCUCAGCUGCCAGUCAAAGAACUCCCUUUCUUGACGUCUGCUUCUGUGCGGGUGUUAAUUGGGCACAAAGGCCAUGGCUAAGACAAGUAGAAUCAGCUGAGCCUAGAGCCCUUUAACAAUUUCCUGUACUCAGAAGAACCUGCUCAGAAUGAGACAAUCAAUUUCAAAACAAUCUUCAGGAAACCACUUGAGGAUUUCAUAAUCUUUAUGAUACCAUUCAACUUUUCUGCUGUUAUAACCUCUAAAAAUGAGAUAUUAUAAGUUGAGACUACCACAGGUGGUUUUUACAUGGAUUCUAUGAGGUUCUUAGAAAAAUUUGUUUUUUAAAAUAUAUUUUUGGACAAGAAUGUCGAUAGCAGGUUAAUGGCUAUUGCAAAUCAUGUAUGCUGGCUUUAGUUGGAACAAAGAAACUGGUUUAUAGCAAGUAAGGCCAGGUGUUAUUAUAAAGUGAGUAUGCAUUCUGGUUGAGCUCUUUUAAGAUUCUAUAUCUGUUCCAUCUGAAAACUGUCAACCAGCUAUCACCCAGAAUUUCCUUCAUGAAACCUCCAUGCUGAUGUUCCGUGUCUAUAUCAAAAUUGUUAUAUAUUAUAAUCAAGAAUGACAAUUAAACAGUUACUCAGGGCUUAAUCUUCUACCUGCGGCUUACUGUCCUGGUCUGACAUUUUUUGUAGCCUUCUGAUAUUAUUGCAAAUCGUCUUUUCUUUUCUUUUCUUUUCUUUUUUUUUUUGGCAAAUCGUCUUUUAUACAGACCCAUUUCCAGAACUUUCAAAAUCCUACAUGGCUAAUGGAAGUGUUUUCUGCUUCCUUAUGUUUUUUGGUUUGUUUUUUUUUAAAUAAAUCGUUUAAUAAAUUG